AUGCGGGGGGUGGGUCGGGAGGUAGGGCAGGGGCUAGGAGGUGGGUUGGGAUGCAAGGGAGGUAAAGGGAACAAGGGUGUCCAUCGGUUGAGAAUUGGGUCAUGGAACGUAGGUUCAUUGACAGGUAAAUCUAUAGAGUUGGCGAAGAUCCUCAAGAAGAGGAGAGUCAAUAUAGCAUGUGUCCAGGAGACAAGGUGGGCAGGGUCGAGCGCGAGGGACGCGGAUGGGUAUAAACUUUGGAACUUUGGAACCCAAACGGGUAAGAAUGAAGUCGGUAUAUUGGUGGAUAUGGAACUUAGAGAGUCUGUUGUUGAGUGCAUCAUAAACGUCGUUAGUGCCUAUGCGCCACAUAUGGGCCUAGAUGAAGAGGUUAAACGUCGCUUUUGGGAUGGGUUGGAUGAGAUUAUACGUCAGGUACCACCUACUAAGAAGUUAUUCAUAGGAGGGGAUUUCAAUGGACAUAUUGGGUCGACCGCAGGUGUGUAUGACGACGUGCAUGGAGGCUUCAGUUUUGGGGAGAGGAACGGAGGAAGAACCUCGUUACUGGACUUCGCUAAGGCUUUUGGGUUGGUGGUUGCUAACUCUUGCUUACCAAAGAGGGAGGAACAUUUGAGGAAGAAAAUGUCUGCUCGAGGAAGACUGAGAAUUAGGUGGAGAGCCUUAGCUAAGGACAAAGCUCAAGAGUUGGAAGGGCGGUUGUCGGUUAUGGGAGCUUGGAGGAGCAGUGGUGACGCGAACUCUAUGUGGUCAACUACAACAAACUGUAUAAGAGAGGCUGCGAGAGAGGUGUUAAGGGUCUCGACAGGUGUCUCCGGCAGGCACAAAGGAGACUGGUAG